GCUUGCCUCUUGCUGUUGAAUUGAAUUUGGAUGUCUGGGCGAGCCGUCACCACCACUUUGAUCCAUGGCGGUGGUCUCGCUUCUGUAGCAUUUAAAAAUUGAUCCUUGUGUGUGUUUCUAUUUGACUACUCUUGACUCUGCUUCUUCGAGACCACAGAACACUUCUUUUACUUGGGCACAAUGAUACUUUCUCGGAUAUCAGGAAGGAACCUCAAAGGUAGCUUGAAUGCAUGUCGAUGGUUUCUUUGUAGUCGAGACCAGAAACAUCAAUUUCUUUUCUCGUAUUACAAUCACUCACCUGGAGGCUCUAUGGACAAGGUUCAGAGAAGUUUAAUUUUUUCAAACGGUAUUCCAAAAUUUGUUGAUGCUGGUCGUCAAAUCCAUUGUCAGACCAGCUCUAUUGUUGAGGAUCAACUAGACCCAUUUUCUCUGGUUGCCGAUGAACUAUCAGUUAUUGCUAACAGGCUGCGAGCAAUGGUAGUUGCUGAGGUUCCUCAGCUUGCUUCAGCUGCUGAGUACUUCUUCAAAAUGGGGGUCGAAGGAAAAAGAUUUCGCCCUACGGUUUUGUUGUUGAUGUCAACAGCGUUAAAUCUACCGCUUCCUCCUAAUGAGUUGGCAGGCACUUUGACAACAGAACUACGUUUAAGACAGCAAAGACUAGCUGAAAUAACAGAGAUGAUUCAUGUGGCUAGCCUGCUUCAUGAUGAUGUGCUGGAUGAUGCAGAUACAAGACGUGGUAUUGGUUCAUUAAAUUUUGUAAUGGGCAAUAAGAUGGCAGUGUUAGCUGGAAAUUUUUUGCUUUCCCGAGCUACUGUUACUCUGGCUUCUUUGAAACACAAUGAGGUUGUAUCUUUGAUGGCAAAAGCUGUAGAGCAUCUUGUAAGAGGGGAGACCAAGCAGAUGACUACGACAUCUGAUCAACAGUGUAGCAUGGAAUAUUAUAUGCAAAAGACAUACUACAAGACUGCAUCAUUAAUUUCAAAUAGCUGCAAGGCAAUCGCAUUGCUUGCAGGACAAACAUCAGAGGUUGCAACGUUGGCUUUUGAGUACGGGAAAAAUCUGGGACUGGCAUAUCAAUUGAUAGAUGAUGUGCUUGAUUUCACAGGCACAUCAGCUUCUCUUGGGAAGGGCUCUUUAUCAGACAUUCGCCAUGGCAUUGUAACAGCUCCACUAUUGUUUGCGAUGGAGGAAUUCCCCCAGUUGCGUACAGUUAUUGAAAAGGGCUUUGACAACCCUGCCAAUGUUGAUCUUGCUCUGGAUUAUCUUGCAAAGAGCCGGGGUAUGCAGAGGACAAGGGAGUUAGCCUUGAAGCAUGUUACGCUUGCAGCAUCAGCAAUUGAUUCCCUGCCUGCGAAUGAUGAAGAUGAUGUCAGAAAAUCAAGGAAAGCUUUGGUUGAUCUUACUCACAGAAUCAUUACAAGAUCCAAAUGAAAAGGAACACUCUUACAGUUAAAUGCAUAAGUUGUAAUAAUUCUGCUGCCAUUCUUCAACUAGUUGAAGGGCAAAUCCACUGUUAGCAGGAUUUAUUUUGGUAAUUGGAUAGUGAGCUCAUGCUUUCCAUAAAGUCUCCGUCAUUUGAUGCUGUUUGAACUGGAGCUUUUGAUGUUGUAACUCUUCUGAUUCUGCGUCAUUGUUGCUAGAAUGGCAGGCGAAAUGCGCUUUCUUAUAUUUAUGUCCAUGUUUCCAUCUCCUUGUUAAGUACGCCCUUCUCUUUUUAUCAUUCAACCAACCAAUGCAUCCAUUUAUCUACCAGUAUUGACCAAGUAAUGAUGCAAACAUUAGAUGUAAUCUUUCGAAGUGUAGGUUUCUUACGACUGAUGUA